AUCCUUCACCCCCCUACAGAAAACAGUGGUAUCGGCGAUAACCUCGCCGGUGUCCCAUUUUUCCCUUACAAAAAUAAAAAUAAAAACAAGAACCAUUUUCAUAAGCAGAAACAAUAAUAUUCUAGGUACCAACAAUUUUUUCAAGAUUUGUUUACGUUUCCUGGCUGUCUUUUCUCAUCCCUGAGAAAAAAAAAACAGGAAAUUGGUUUCAUCAUAUUCUUUUUCUUUCUAAAAAAUUUUCAACUUUAUCCUGUUAUUUGUAUAUUUUGGAGGCCAUUUUGGAUAAGUUCUCUCUUUAAAACUUUAUUGGGUAUUUGGGUAUUAUACUGCUUGAUUAUCUUGAUUAGUUUAUAUGCUGCAUUUACGAAUUGAUGAGCAUGGCGGAUAUUGGGGGAGAGAAGAAAAAAGUAGUGAUAAUUGGAGGUGGAGUUGCUGGCUCUCUUAUUGCAAAGACACUUCAAGACGAGGCCAAUGUUUUUCUCAUCGAUACGAAGGAGUAUUUUGAGAUUCCUUGGGCAGCUUUAAGGUCAAUGUGUGAUCCUUCAUUUGCAAAAAGAGCAAUCUUUAGCCACUCCGAAUACCUUCCCCAUGGACAUGUCAUUACAUCUUCUGCUGUUGACAUCACAGAUAAGGAGGUAGUAACUGCAAAAGGCGACAGAGUUGCAUAUGAUUACGUUGUGAUUGCUACUGGUCACUCAGAUGUUAGUGGUUACACAAAAGAUGAGAAGUUCUGUCAAUAUCAAACGGAUCAUGAAAAGAUUAAAUCUUCAAGCUCCAUAUUAAUAAUCGGGGGAGGACAAACAGGCGUAGAACUAGCUGCUGAAAUUUCUGUAGAUUAUCCCGAUAAGAAGGUUACCAUUGUGCAUAGGGGAUCAAUGUUGUUGGAAUUUAUUGGAGAAAGGGCAAGCAAAAAGGUAGUGAAUUGGCUAAAAUCAAGGAAUGUUGAAAUAAUUCUGGGGCAAUCUGUAGAUGUAAGUGCUGUAAAAGAUGGUCAUGUUUAUAAAACAUCUGGUGGAGAAAGUAUAGAUGCUGAGUGUCAUUUUAUUUGCAUUGGGAAGCCAAUUGGUUCGGGAUGGAUAAAAGAAACGGCAUUGAAGGAUAGUUUGGACAUUCAUGGAAGAUUGAUGGUUGAUUCUAAUUUGAGAGUUAAGGGUCGAAGCAAUGUCUUUGGCAUCGGAGAUAUUACUGAUAUCCCUGAACUUAAACUAGGAUAUUUGGCUCAACGACACGCAGUGGUAGCUGCCAAGAACAUCAGACUAUUAAUGAAGAACCCAAGUGACACCAACUUGAAUGUAUAUAAGGCUGCUUUGCCAUUGUCAUUAAUUGCUCUAGGCAGAAGAGAGGCUGUAGCUCAGUUUUAUUGUUUAUCGAUGAUUGGACGUAUUCCAGGGAUGAUAAAAUCUGGAGAUUUAUUCGUUGGAAGAACUCGGAGGCAACUUGGUUUGCUACCUGAACUUUCAUAAACUUGUAUUUUAUCUGCAGGUUUAACAUGUAUUCUUUUAGCUAGUUCCCUUGUAAACAUCAUAGUUGUUAAUAAUAUGGUUAUAUUCAGUUAGAUGGGGUCUUGUUCUUCUCUUUGAUUUUCUCUUUCUGUUCUUGUACUAGAUUGUGGGGGCUCUGUAACCUACUGUUCCUUGCUUA